GACAUGUCUGUGAAGAAACAGGCUUCAGAGAGCAAGAACAAUGGAAGUCAGAAGUCAAGAAGCUAUCGAUGCUUGUCAUUCUCGUUCAUGGAGUCAUCAACGGAUGGGAGGAAGAAGCCGUUGUCGUUGAAUCGUAUGGAUUCCAAAAAGCUCAAGACAGAUAUUGUGAAGUGGGCAAAGCGUGUUGCGGCUUAUGCUCGUCAACUUAGCUCAAGAAAACAAGAAUAAGACAUUGAAGAAGAGAGCUUCAUGAAGAUUUAAAUGUUUUUCAUUUAUAAGUCUGUUUGUUUUUUAAGAACAUUAAUCAUUAUUGUUGAAGUCA